UCCCAGUCUAGUUCAAGAAAGGGCAGUGCUUUUAAAUGUGCAUUUUGGUUUUAGUGUUUAAUUUUUUUUUUUUUUAAUUUAGAUAAAGAAAUAAUUUUGUAUUAAAAUUUAUUUUUUAAAAAUUAAUUGUCGUCUUAUGCAGCAAUCGCAAAUAAUAUAUUAAUAUAAGCUGCUAUCAACGUAAAUCAGUUUUCUACCUUUGGUGAUAAUUUAAACCACCUGCUUGCACAGUUAAUCGCAUCGCAGCCAUUAUCUUAAUUCCCUGAUCUUUCUUUUCUUGAAUUCAAUUUAAAAAAAAGCGCCAAAAAAUGCGUGAAGUCAUUUCUCUACAAAUUGGUCAAGCUGGUGUUCAAAUUGGUAAUUCAUGCUGGGAGUUAUAUUUAUUAGAACACGGAAUUAACCCCGAUGGAUCAAACAAUAAAACAGAAGCUAACACAGACGACAGCCAUCACACAUUCUUUUCCCUAACCGAUUCGGGUCGUUAUGUCCCACGUACGAUAUUCAUCGACUUGGAGCCAUCUGUAAUCGAUGACAUCAAAACUGGCCCAUGUCGAAGUCUUUACCAUCCACAACAGCUUAUAACUGGCAAAGAAGAUGCAGCCAACAAUUACGCCAGAGGUCACUACACCAUUGGCAAGGAAAUUAUCGAUCCUGUAAUGAAUCGAAUUCAAAAAUUAGCCGAGCAAUGUGAAGGGUUACAGGGUUUCUUAAUAUUCCACAGCAUGGGAGGUGGAACUGGCUCGGGAUUCACCUCAUUGCUAAUGGAACGGAUAGCUUGUGAAUAUGCUAAGCUUUGCAAACUUCAGUUUGCCGUCUAUCCAUCGCCAAAAGUAUCAACUGCCGUUGUUGAGCCUUACAAUUCUGUUUUAACCACCCACUCAACACUGGUACAUUCGGACUGUGUGUUUAUGGUAGACAAUGAGGCAAUAUAUGAAAUCUGUCAGAAAAACCUUUCAGUUGAUCGUCCGAAUUACACAAGUCUGAAUAGACUGAUAGCGCAGGUCGUUUCAUCUACCACUGCUUCAUUGAGAUUCCAGGGUUCAAUGAAUGUGGAUUUGAAUGAAUUCCAAACGAAUCUUGUACCAUAUCCGAGAAUUCAUUUCCCCUUGGUCGCUUAUGCUCCUCUGAUGUCGGCCGAAAAAGCUAUUCAUGAACAAUUUUCGAUUUCUUCGAUAACUAAUAGUUGUUUUAGUCCGGGCAAUAUGAUGGUUAAAUGCGAUCCACGACGUGGAAAGUACAUGUCCUGCUGUAUGUUGUAUCGUGGUGAUGUCGUUCCUAAGGAUAUUAAUGCGGGAGUGUCUGCAAUUAAAUCAAACAGAAAUAUCACCUUUGUCGAUUGGUGUCCAACUGGAUUCAAAAUCGGUAUCAAUUAUCAAGCUCCAACUGUGGUGCCUGGAUCGGAAUUGGCUAAGACUUCAAGAGCUGUUUGCAUGUUAUCGAAUACGACUGCCAUUGCAGAGGCUUUUACUCGACUUAAUUAUAAGUAUGAUCUGAUGUACCAAAAGCGAGCAUUUGUGCAUUGGUAUGUGGGUGAGGGUAUGGAAGAGGGUGAAUUUUGUGAGGCUCGUGAAAAUUUGGCCUGUUUGGAAAGAGACUUUGAGGAGGUUUCAGCGGACACGAAUGAUGGUGAUGGCGCCGACGAUGAUGAAUAUGAAUAUUGAUUGAAAUGAUAUAUUAUUUCUUUAUUUUUAACAUACUCCGUGUAAUUAAUUUAUAAUAAAAUAUUAAUAAAAAAA